GCAUUAUUACAACACCUCUCCCUUUUGAGCAAGAAUAUUAUAUGUACUGAUUGUUCUGAAUCAUUGUAAUUACAAUAUCAUGGAGAGCAAGAAAAGUAGCCUGGCAUCAUCCACCCCAAAUAUCUCACCUUCUGCGCAAGGUUUAACCCAAUUCCAAGGCUUUUGGAUCCCCACUCGGAUUGCUCCCAUUUCAUCCAUAAUCUCAUUUCAGAAAUAUUUCCAGGCUCUAGAUGAAGAUAUUAUUGUUGCCUCUAAUCCCAAAGCUGGCACCACUUGGCUCAAGGCUUUGGUGUUUACAAUUGUCAACCGCCAUUCUUAUAAGCUAUCAAAUACCCCUUUGAACUCUGCAAAUCCUCAUCAACUAAUUUCACAUUUUGAGAUCAAAUUUUAUAAGGAAAAUCUUAAUCCUGAUCUCUCUAAAAUCCCGUCCCCAAGAGGUGAAGAAUCGUAUGGACCUUUUUGGGAACAUGCUUUAGGAUACUGGAACAUGAGCAUGGAGAAGCCAUCGAAUAUAUUGUUUAUGAGAUAUGAAGAACUGAAGGAAGAUCCAGUGGCUCAAACAAAGAGAUUGGCUGAAUUCUUAGGAUUUCCUUUCUCCAUUGAAGAAGAGAAAACAGGUGUGGUUAACCAAAUUAUUGAUUUUUGCAGUUUCAACCAUUUGAAAGAGUUGGAGGUCAACAAAACUGGGAAGAUGCCAAGAUCUAUAAUACCUAGUAAUAAGUUGUUUUUUAGGAGUGGGAAAGUAGGUGAUUAUAUUAAUUAUCUCUCUCCUACUGCGGUGGAACUUUUAAGCAAUGUUUUGAAAGAAAAACUAAGUGAAUCUAGUUUAACUUUCAACUAAGUUGCUUAGUAACAUUUGUUUAUGUUAUGUCCAAUAUUUUCCUUUUUUCUAUAAA